AUGCUUGAGAGAAUGGAUCACAGGGAAAUACAGAAAGAAGCCGGAACGUUACCGAAGGAUAGGCACAGAGCCGGUGGAGCAGCUGAACCCAGCCGGCUGGUGCUGGGCAGUCGGUGCGGGGACACCUUACUGUGCAAUGUGUGUGGGAAGGGGUUCCGCUGGCCGAGUCUGCUCGACACACACCUGCGCGUCCACACCGGGGAGAAGCCCUUCGAAUGCACCGUGUGCAAGAUGCAGUUUUACACGUCCAGCGAGGUGACCAAGCACCAACGGUUUCACACCGGGGAAAAGCCCUUUGAGUGCACAGUCUGCCGGAAGAGAUUUCACACGUCUAGUAACCUGAUUCAGCACCAGAAAAUUCACACCGGCGAGAAACCGUUUGGGUGCCCUGUGUGCACAAAGAAAUUCUACAGAUCAUGUGACCUGAGCAAGCAUCAGCGCAUUCACACCGGCGAGAAACCGUUUGAAUGCAGGGUGUGUGAGAAGAGGUUUCACACAUCCAGUAACCUGAUCCAACACCAGCAAAUCCACGCGGUGGAGAAAGCGUUUGAAUGUACUGUGUGUAAAAAGCGAUUCUAUACAUCCAGUCUUCUGACCCAGCAUCAGAAAAUUCACACGGGAGAGAAGCCUUUCGAAUGUACCGUGUGUAGGAAGCGGUUUUACCGGUCUGGUUACUUGAUUGAGCAUCAGCGGAUUCACACCGGGGAGAAGAGGUUUGGAUGCACGGUGUGUGAGAAGAGAUUUCACACAUCGAGCAACUUGAACAAACACUUGAAAAUUCACACUGGGGAGAAGCCUUUUGAAUGUUCAGUGUGCAAAAAAUGCUUUUACACGUCCAGUAAUUUAACACAGCAUCAGCAGAUUCACACUGGGGAGAAAGUGUUUCAGUGUGCCCUGUGCAAAAAGAAGUUUAAGAGCUUUAGAUACCUGUUGCAGCAUCAAACAAGGCACAGUGGGGAAAAUGCUGACAGUGUGGAUUAAACCGCGGAUUGCUGCCUGCGGUUUUCCCGUUGGGUGAAUCGCCUUGUGGUAUUUCAGUAACAACACCAGAUCAUGUGGGUGAAGGUCAUCGUGCCAGAGCAUCCGUCACACCACUGUUCAUGGUUAAACCCAGCAGCCGGUGUUGGGGAGCGAGCAACGUGGCUUUCCCUUUCAGAGUUGUAAAAUUCAGUGAUGUGCCAUUUUGCAGCUGAGUGUGUCUGGCAGCUCUGUCUCGGGGAGUUUCACACCACCCCAUGGUGUUCCCCACAGACUUGCGUGUGCUCUCAUUCAGACAAAGAUCCUGUAUUCCCUCCAAGAUCCCCUACCCCUCCCCGCUGUUUAAAAUGAUCGCACCUCCACAUCGUUCUGUACAAUGGAAUGUAUGGAACACAGAUUGGAUCAGGAUGUGAUAUUCAGCUCGCAGUGUUCCAUCAUAGGAUCUCUGUUCAUGUCUGGAGCCCGUCUGUACUUGGUUAAUGAUUCUAAGGGUGAGGGAGAUUGGUCCACAGUGUCUCACUUCACUCCCCUCUCCUGCAGCCCAUUCCACAGGUCGACAAGCACCACUGUAAUAUUCCAGCUCAGGCCUUUGAGCGGAGGGAUCCGUGGCACGCUCCUCGUUGGAUUUGGAUGCUGUACCGAAGCUGUAGUCUCUCCACAGCACUCUGCCAUUUUAUUCCCAACUGUUACAGCUCCACAAGCUGUGGGUUCAGCAGCCUCUACACGGGUUGGAUCUGAGGAUGGCUCAGUGUGUUAAUCACUACACCGGAGAAGAUGUCUCGUUCAACAUCAAAGGCAGCUUCGGUGAGUGGUGUUUGCUGAAGGCCUCUGGAGGUGUCAGUGUUACUGCAGGAGGGCUCUGAAUGGUGUGCAUGGUGCAGUGCAGUGUAACCAUUACUUAACACACUCGCUGGUGUAAAAGGUGCUGACUUUCUAUAUUUGGAAUGUAAUUAGCAUUUUAAUGGGAAUUCAGCUGUUGAAUUGUUGGAGAUAUCCAUCUGAUUAAAAAGUAUUAUCUGUUCUCAA